CUAGUACGCAUCACGUGGUUUUAUUUACGCGGGUACUUACGCGGUCUUCGUUACAAAGGCCAAAUUGCAUUGGUUUCGGUAUGAACACGAGCAUUUGCGGACAUAUUUCACAGCUGACGUGCAACGUUAUUCGGAGAGACGUGUGUGUGCCUGUUGGCCAUAUUGUGAUUGCUGAGAGAUGGGCUGGCAGCGAGUUGCAUACCGCCCUAAAGAGCUUGCUUCGAACAGUAGUUUCAGACCACUUGGGAUUGGUUGAUUUCUACCCAUCAAGUGACAGUGCUGUCCUGUACAUCACAGAGGCUGAUCUCCUCAAUGAGCAUGCUAUUAAGAGGAAGAUUGUAAAGUUGCGAAAGAACAAUGCUAAGAAGCCAUAUGUCAUUGCUGAACAGGCCGAAGCCCUUCAAGAACUGUACAACAACUUGCAGCAGUUUGCAGUAAUGGAACUAGGAAUCCCUGUUAUGGCUGUGCAUAACCAACUUGAAGCAGCACAGCUUCUUGCUCAAAUGGAGGCUGUGGAGAGUGGAGAAAAGCAAAACCCUUUUUUAGCGCCAUGGCGAUUACCUCCCUUGACUUCAGCACUUGCCGCCUGCCUGCUACGAGUGCCUGGCUUAGGUGAAGUCAAAGCCAAGGCCUUGCUCCAGAAGUAUCACAGCCUUCGAGCAAUAGCUUCAUGCAGUACAGAAGACCUUACAAAAGCUGUAGGACCAGCAUCUGCAGCAAGUAUUCACAAGUUCUUCAAUGGCCUCAAGUGAUGCAAGGGGCUAUGAAUAGAGAUGGACGCUGUAGUGUUUACGCAUAAGGGCCAAUCAAAUGUAGACAGAUGUAUGGUUGGCAUUUGAAAGUUAGAUGGCACACAUCAUUGCUUGUACUACUGUGGCUUUGUGUGAAUUCUAUGAAAAUGUUUGGGCAGGUGUGUGAAAAUGUAAUGUUGAAGGCUCAAUUUUGUGUUUCAUACCAAGUGCGUUCAUUUUGCCUACACUGCUACAAACCACUUCUCAGCAGUGCAUAAGAAAUUGUGGAGCACGAGUUCAGCAGUUCAACACAGCAUGCCUGUGAAAUCACUGAGUGACAAAUGCCGAAGUGCAUGUGUGGUACAAACCUGCAUGGUGGCUGCAUGUACACUGUUCGCUGGGUACUUCAUCAUUAAUGGUGACGAAGUCCGAAAUGCAGAUACAGUUGGCAUCUGAAGUGUUUCCUCUUUAAUAACUGCAGACAGCAUUGUCUCAUUUCUGCCACAAGUGAAGAUGUGAUUAAUGUACAGAAAUGCGGGAGUCUAGAACAGGCCAUUGAUACCAAUGACAGAAAAAGAAGUACUACUGCAUAUGUGGCAGGUCUUUUUGGCCUGAUCCUUUUAUAGCUUUAUUGAACAGGAAGUAAAGGAAGAUGGGAAUAAGCAGGGUUUCUAUGAUGCUUACAUCUAUCUGCUGCUUAGCACCUGCACCAAGUCAGCACUGCCAGUAGGGAGGGUUUAGCGAAACCGUGAACCAUUCCGGCACAUUCAAAAUGGACAGCUCAUUACAGCACCAUGCGAUUUUGUUAAGGCGAACCAAACACUCAUUUAAUACAGACCUGAGGAUAAAAGGGCAGUUGGUGUUUCUGAAGGCAACUACUACUGUGUGUGCAUACGAAGCACAGCAGUGGCAAUGCACAUGGGCUGGUUUUCAGACAAGCUUAAUCUGCGUGCACCUGAAUGGCAGUAAAUAACUCAAUGAAGCAAUAAAUGCCUGUUUGAAGUACCUGCGAUGCUCUGUAUCUUGAAAGAAUGUGUAAUAACCCUGCAACUAUUACUUUAUACCCGCCAUUACCACCUGCUGAUAACUUUGUAGAAAUAAACAGUUUUUGUUAACUGAGUCAACAAA